UGCGUUUAUUCAGGGACCCGAUAGCACACAUGCACACCAGGACACAGAUACUGCAUGGCUGCACAGCCUACCAAGAGCAUUCAGUAAUAUUUCAAGAGGCAGUCACUGAAAGGAAUCUCUGUGAAAUGACCACCACACUCAGUCUGGACACGGCAAAAUAGAUCCAGACACACAAAGACAAGUCAUGGAUUGGAUGAAGCAACUUCUCUUUUGCUCAUGUUUUGUGUUAAAUGCACUUGCUGCCAGUACUCCUUGUAGUAACUGUGACGGUUACAACGUGACCUGUGUUGACGGUGUGUGUCCACCUCGCUGUGUCAAUGUGACGUCAUCUGGAGAGUGUCUCCAGUGUCGGGACUCCAGGUUCUAUGGUAAACAGUGUGAACAUGACUGUCCAGACACCUGUCUCAACUCUCGCUGUCAGAUGGACAACACCCGUGUUGUGUGUACAGAGGGAUGUGUGGCCGGCAAGAAGGGAGAUAAUUGUGGAGUGAACUGUCCUACAGCCUGUACACAGUGUGAACGUUAUGGUGAUGGCUGUACAGGACCAUGUCAGAAUCCCCGGUAUUACGGUCCACGCUGUAGAACACCUUGUUCCUCCAACUGUACAGAUGGAUGUAAUAGGAUCACGGGGGAGUGUGACAGCUGUGAGCCAGGUUACACAGGGGACAAGUGUAAUGUUACCUGUCCCCCAAACUGUAGAGAUGGAUGUGACAAAGACACGGGGGAGUGUGGCAGCUGUGAGCCAGGUUACACAGGGGACAAGUGUAAUGUUACCUGUACCCCCAACUGUAGAGAUGGAUGUGACAAAGACGCGGGGGAGUGUGGCAGCUGUGAGCCAGGUUACACAGGGUACAAGUGUGAUGUUACCUGUCCCCCCAACUGUAGAGAUGGAUGUGAUAAGGACACGGGGGAGUGUGACAGCUGCGUGUCGGGCUACAGAGGGAAGAACUGUAAUGACACCUGUCCCUUCAACUGUAGCGAUGGAUGUGAUAAAGAGAUCGGAAAGUGUGAGAGUUGUAAUCCAGGGAACAGUGGGAAGUACUGUAAUAUCUCCUGUCCUACCACCUGUAGCGAAGGAUGUGACCAAGACGGCGGUUGCAAAGAGACAGCCAGUACAGCAACUCUAGGUGUAAUACUGGUGGUGUUGGCUGUGCUCAUGAUCCUGCUUCUUGUUGGACUUGUUGUGUGGAGAAGACGAAGACGGAAGUUUAGGCACAAAGAUGACCACCGGGUCAUUGUUCCUUUCAUUCCAAUGGCUGCCCAGAAUGAGGACACCGACAGUGACAUGUCUGACACUGAUAACCCUCUAUAUGAACACGCCGGUGGCUCAAGAAGUCCUCCUCAAGUACAAAUGUGUCCGGAACUUCAGGGUGAAGAGUCAGUCAGUUACAUGGUAGAGGAGUUCAUGAAAUUACCCAAGCCAAACGCCAACUCAAGUCACUGUGGACUAUUGGCUGAAAAUGUCUUUAAAAACAGAUAUAAGGACAUUCUACCAUGCAAGUACUAUUUACGAUGUUACACGUGUCUUCUGUUUCAUCAAACGUUAAAUUGUUUUUCUGUGUGUUUAAAGAAGAGAAAUACCUUCCAAAAUAAAACCGUUAGCGUCACGGAUUCAGAAGGAACUGUAGAUGUUUUAUAUGAUGUUACAGUUGACACCACCCGAGUGUGCCUGGCGGUGGAGGACGAAGGCGGAAGUGAUUACAUCAACGCUUCCUACAUUGAUGGUUACAGACAAGAAACGCAAUUCAUCGCAACACAAGGCCCUUCCAGCCACGUGGUGUUGGAUUUUUGGAGAAUGAUCUGGCAGCUUGAUGCAAACAAGAUUGUGAUGCUGACAAAUCUUCUCGAGGCAGGCUUUGCCAAGUGUGACCAGUACUGGCCGUGCUGCGGCAUGGACUGCAAGACGUAUGGGGAUGUGUCUGUCCAAUGUAUUGAGGAAAGGGUGUUUCAGCAUUACACGACAAGACGAUUAGCAAUAUGGAAACCCAACACUCCAACAAGGGUGAUUCACCACCUGCACUACACGUCCUGGCCGGCCUACGGUGUCCCUGAGGAAGUGACGUCACUUAUCGACUUCUAUAAAGUUGUGAGGAACACAGACAAAGACGAGGGAGGCACAACAGUGGUGCACUGCAGUGCUGGAGUUGGACGGACUGGGACGUUCCUAGCCCUGGUGUAUCUGAUUGAGCAGGCAAGGGAUGACUCCCGAGCCUGUGUAUUUGAAUGUGUCCAGGGAUUCCGUAUGCAGAGAAUGAACAUGGUUCACACGGAGGAUCAGUACGUUCUCCUGUACAGUGCCCUGAUCGGAGCCCUGCAGACCCGGGGGAUACUGCCUGACAAUUGUAGACCUGUGUGGCUUCAGUGUCAGCGAUGCUGGGAGAACUUCAGACAUCAUCCCGUGUGUAACGGUGUGCUGAUGAGGUGAUAGGAAGGCGGACAAGGAUCAGUCCAACUCACAUGUCUUGAUCAAGUGCAUCGACAAACAGAAAACAAUAAGUGAACGAAGUAUUUACCUAUGUUGAGCAUUCUCAGGUUAAUU